AUGAAGGUUGUGGUCGAAGAAUACAACGCCGAAUGGGCGCUCCAAUUCCAGCAAAUCAAAGGAGAGUUGCAGGACAUCCUCAGAGGGGUCAAAUACAUCGGCAUCGAGCAUGUGGGCAGCACGUCCGUCCCAGGAUUGGCCGCCAAACCCGUCAUCGACCUCUCUAUCAUCAGCAGCCGAGCCGACAUGGAGGCCGCCAUCGACGCAUUGACGUCAAAGGGAGGAUACAUCUAUAGAGGGGAAAUGGGCAUCCCGGAUCGUCAUGCGUUUCGAAAACCUGGGGCAUUCCCAGCGAGGCAUCUCUAUGUCUCUGUGGACGGAUGCCAGUCCAUCAGAAAUCAACUGGGGGUGAGGGAUAUUUGUCGCAAGGACCCCGCAGUUCGAGACGCCUAUGGCCGAAAGAAGCUCGAGCUGGCCCGACGAGACUGGAGAGACGUCGAUCAAUACUGCGAGGCCAAAAACGAUAUUCUAGCCUGGGUGCUGGAGAGGGCCGGAAUGAGCAACGAGGAGCGGGAGCAGGUGAGGCAACUGAACACGACGGCGACCUCCUAG